AUGGACUCUUCUCCAGGGUUCUAUGAAGAGUCUCCGGAGGGAUGGAUCCUUGACCUAGGACUUAGGAAGAGUCUCCAGAGGGAUGGAGUCUUUACUUUGAGUGUUGCAGCCAUUAAGAAUAACAAAUGCUCUGGUGCGUGCCUGAGGGCCAUCGAUGUUCAGAUCCUGCAGCAGCUUCUGGUGGUGAACGAAGGGAUGGAGUCGGUGAGGUGGAUCCUGGAGGAGCGGGGGAACCUGACCAGCCGCUGCAGCAGUCUAACCAGCAGCCAGUACAGCCUGGCCGGGAGCCGGGAGACGUCUCGCCGCGGCAGCUGGAACAGCCUCCAGGACCCCAACGAUAAGCUGGACACUAUCUCCAUCGGCAGCUACCUGGACACGCUGGCCGAUGACCUGGACGAAUACAGCCUGAGCAUCAGUGAGCCGCUGGUGUGCUCCACCCCCUACCGCCAUGGCCUGCCGCUGACUACCGGCGACCAGGGCGGCGACAAACGGAGAGACUCUCUUCCCGAGCCGGGGGACCAUGUGACCGGCCAAGUCACUGCAGAGAAGGCGCCCAGGCCGCAUGUCCUCCCGCAAAGCCCCCCGUCUCUGCCAACGGCAAACGGGUCUGCAAAGCGCACUCCGGAGCCGGACGCCAGACCCACCGAGGACAAGGCCAAAGCCAGGCAGAACGGCCGGGUGGACAAAUACAAAGUGUCCGGCAAGAUCCAGCUGGAGUACGACGCGCACUGGCGCUGGGUGCAGUCUCAGGACGACGUGACGUUCUUGUAGUGCGCUCACGAUUUUCCAUGAAAGCCGAUUACUUGAAUGGCUGG